GAUAUGUCUGGCUAACAGAAGCUCAUAGAGACUUUGCAAGCGACAAGAGCUAUAAAUUAAAUUGUCACUGCUUGUCUUUCCAAGUCCUAGUCGGAGGUGAAACUUAAGACUGCAUUUGAUGUGCUUCCCUACCCCCCACUUUGAAAAGACUGAAGGACUUGGAAAUGGGUCCUGACAGCGACUUUAGUUAUAAUAAAUAAGAGAGAUUGGAAAAGUGUAGUCAUGGUUGGGAUGUCUCUGUAGCUGAACAGCAACAAACAGCAGUAGAAAGAAAAGUAGACUUCUUUCAGAGAGUUUUGUAAAUCUGUCCUGAUGGAAGGAGAAGCAUCUGGGAGCUCAAUGCCAGUGAGCAAGACAGCAGCCAGCAAAAUUAUCCGGAUAGCCCUUGGUGUGUUUGUGAGCAGCACAGUUGUGCUUGGCAUUGCACUUUUUCUGGCUUGCCAAGGUCUCAUAAAAUUUUAUCCUAAGCAACAGAUUUGCCUGACUCCUGAAUGUGUUGAAGCAGCUGCAGCCAUCAUGAGCAAGUUAAACACAUCAGUGGAUCCCUGUGAUAACUUUUUCCGGUUUGCUUGUGAGGGAUGGAUACAGAACAAUCCCAUUCCUGAAGAUUCCUCAAGUCACGGAAUUUAUCCUUGGCUGAGGCAUAACGUAGACCUCAAACUGAAAGUCCUCCUUGAGAAACCUUUGAGCAAAAGGCGGGACAGUGAAGCUGUACAGAAGGCCAAAAUACUUUAUUCUUCAUGUAUGAAUGAGAAUAAGAUAGAAAAGGCUGAUGCAAAACCCCUCUUAAACAUGCUGAAACAUUCUCCUUUCCGCUGGCCUGUGAUGGAAUCAAACCUUGGGCCUGAAGGACUGUGGUCAGAAAGAAAGUUCAGCAUGCUGCAGACCCUGGCUACUCUUCGUGGCCAAUAUAGCAAUUCUGUUUUCAUCCGACUGUAUGUGGGAUUUGAUGAUAAGAUCUCUGAUGAACACAUCAUAAAGCUAGACCAAGCACCACUGUCUUUACCAGCACGGGAAGACUACCUGGAGAACACAACUGAAGCUAAAUCUUGCAGAGAUGCCUUGUUACAAUUUAUGGUGGAUACCGCUGUGCUUUUGGGUGCCAAUGCUUCUCGUGCAGAGCUGGACAUGAAGUCUGUGCUUAAACUGGAAGUAAAAAUUGCUGAGAUAAUUGUUCCACAUGAGAAUCGAACCAGUGAAGCUAUGUACAACAAAAUGAACCUAUCAGAACUUAGCACUAUGAUCCCACAGUUUGAUUGGCUGGGGUAUAUCAAGAAGGUGAUUGACACUAAACUCUAUCCUCACCUUAAGGAUAUAGAUGCUUCAGAAAAUGUGAUUGUUCGUGUGCCGCAAUACUUCAAAGAUUUGUUCAGAAUACUAGAAAGUGAAAGAAAAAAGACUAUUGCCAACUACUUGGUAUGGAGAAUAGUUUGUGCAAGGAUAUUUAACCUCAGUCGACGUUUCCAAUAUAGAUGGCUGGAAUUUUCAAGGAUAAUCCAGGGGACGACUUCCUUAGAGGCUCAAUGGGAUAAAUGUGUAAACUUUGUGGAAAAUGCUCUCCCUUACGUUGUUGGCAGAAUGUUUGUAGAUCUUCAUUUCCAGGAAGACAAGAGGAAAAUGAUGGCAGAGUUGACUGAAGGGAUUCGUUGGGCUUUUAUAGACAUGCUAGCAAAAGAAAAUACCUGGAUGGAUUUAGAAACACAAAGAAAAGCAACUGAAAAGGCAAAUGCAGUCAUGGCAAAAGUGGGUUACCCAGAGUUUAUAAUGAAUGACACAUAUGUAAACGAAGGAAUCAAAACAAUGAAGUUUUCAGAAGCGGACUAUUUUGGCAAUGUACUUCAGACUUACAAGCAUGCAGCACAGUCUGAUUUCUACUGGCUGAGAAAAGAAGUUCCAAAAACAGAAUGGUUUACUAGCCCAACUACUGUCAAUGCCUUUUAUAGUUCAUCUACAAAUCAAAUCAGAUUCCCAGCAGGAGAGCUCCAGAAGCCUUUCUUUUGGGGAACAGAAUAUCCCAGGUCUUUAAGCUAUGGAGCCAUUGGAGUAAUUGUUGGGCACGAGUUGACCCAUGGGUUUGAUAACAAUGGACGUAAAUAUGACAAGAAUGGAAAUUUGGAUCCUUGGUGGUCUUCAGAAUCAGAAGAAAAAUUCAAAGAGAGAUCAAAAUGCAUGAUCAAUCAGUACAACAGCUAUUACUGGAAGAAAGCUGGCUUGAAUAUUAAAGGAAAGAGGACAUUGGCAGAAAAUAUUGCAGAUAAUGGAGGUUUGCGAGAAGCUUUCAGGGCUUAUAGGAAGUGGAUCGAAGAAAGGAGACAAGGAGAGGAAGAGGCCCUGUUACCAGGCAUUGACUUCACCCACAAUCAGCUCUUCUUUCUGAGUUAUGCUCAUGUGAGAUGUCAUUCCUUUAGACCAGAAGCCGCCAGAGAGCAGAUCUACACUGGAGCUCACAGUCCUCCUCAGUUCAGAGUUAAUGGUCCUAUGAGCAACUUUGAAGAGUUCCGAAAAGCAUUCAGCUGCCCAGCAAAUACUACAAUGAAUCGAGGCACAGACUCCUGUCGGCUCUGGUAGCUAUUUCUCUGGAACCCUGUGCUGAAAUCAUUCCCUCCUUUCAACUGUGCCAAACUGUUGAGCUUCUGCUGCUUCAGGGCAGUGUUGCCAUCUGUGGACCACUUUUUUUUAGUUCAGUGGCACCUUAGAGAUCAACAAGACUUUCAGGGAGCUCUGACUCUCAAAAGCUUGUACCCUUAAUGAUGGUGAUAGUCAUGAUGAUGAUGAUGAAGAAAAAGAAGCUUAUACCCUAAACGUUUUGUUGAUCUCUAAGUUGCCACUGGACUCAAAUCCUAUUGUUCUACUGCAUAUUAACACUGCUAUCCACCUAACACUUGUUUGUUUGUUUUUAAUGUGCCUUGUGAUCUGGGUGGAUAACCCAACUUGCUCAAUGUAAUACUUGCUUGUUUGAGACAUAGAAACUAUUUAAAAUAUAGGAUUUAUAAAAAUGGCAGACCUUAUUGAAAGAACGUUUAUGAAUGGAGUUCCUUAUGAAUUAUUUAAUAAUACAUUCUAAUCUGUGACAUCUACCCCAAUUAUUGUAUAUGCUUGCUUGAAAGUAAGUCGUGCUUUAUUCAGUGAACCUUACUCAAAAGUACAUGACAUUGGAUUUUAGAUUAGCAAGGCUUAAGUGGUACACUACUGCCUUUCAGAAGAAAGAAUCAGAGAAACAUACUUUGGCUACAGUGAUAAUCUGAAAUAAACUGAUAGCUCACCUAUGUUAAGAACAUACUUAUAUAGUAUGUGUUUACAUACUACAUCUAGACCUGCUGUUGCACUCUUCUGCACUUAAUGAAACUAUAUAUGACAUGUAGCUGCAUCUGUUUUUUCUCCCAACUUUUUUAAAUACCCAAAGUAGUUUUAGGAGGCUGCAAAUUUGAAUAGAAGAAUGACAGUAUGGCAGGAACAAGCAGGGAGAUAGACCCACAAACACACCCAAACCUUUCCCACUCCUUGUCACCCACCCCAAUCCUCUCUUCACAGGUUUGGGGGAAGUAAAGGGUGGGAGUCCAUCACCUCCUGCCACCUGUCUAGCCUCCACUACAGGAGGCAGAGCUCUGACCCAAAUCCUCACAGAGUCCCCUCUUUCCUUUUCCAGAGGCUCCACCAGACAUGCUGCCAUUUCCCUCUGUGUACCUCCUCUCACCCAGCUACAGCUCAGGGCUACUGGGGAAAAGGGAACUCAGAGGCUACUCUCACUAUAUAUACACUGCCACCAUUUAAACUAGGCCUAUUUAAUGUGACCAGAGCGUUUGGGCAUGUGUAUCUUAUUUCCCCUCAGUUAACUACCUCAGGCCACCCAAAGUUAAACAAGACAAAAAUAAACUUGAUUUACAAGAAGGAACCUAGGAUUGAAUGGAUUUUAAACUAGAAACCAUACUUGGGUUAAACAAGGAAGGUUUCCAUGUAACAGAUUUAUAGCCAGCUAGAGACCCCCUCACCUCUGCAGGAGUAUACCGCAUGCCCUGAAGCUGUGGACAAGUUUACAUCGGGACCACAUAGCGUAGCAUCCAGACAAGAAUAAAAGAACAUGAAAGACACUGCAGACUUGGCCAUCCGGAAAAAUCAGCAGUGGCUGAACAUAGCCUAACCCAAACAGAACACAGUAUCUUAUUCCAGGACACUAAAAUACUGGACAAUACAUCCAACUACUUUGUCAGAUUGCAAAGGGAAGCCAUUGAAAUUCAUAAGCAUAAACACAAUUUCAACAGGAAAGAAGAGAGUUUAAGAAUGAAUAGGGCAUGGUUUCCAGUCCUGAAAAACACCAGACUAACAAAAUGCUCUACAUCUUACAAUAGCCCUGCAGAUAAGAUUAGCAUGUCAACCACCAAUCCAUAUGCAAAAGAACCUCCUCAGGGUACAGUGAAGCUUCCCCCCAUUAGCAUUCCACACCCUGGGAAACUCUUACAGGAUGACUCAGCCCAAACCCACCUUCCUGAGUAGAUAUAAAUUACCUGCUAACAUCUUCUCCACACAUUGACACUGAGAGAUCUCUGUCUUUCGCUGCUACACCUCUGAAGAUGCCAGUCACAGCUGCUGGCGAAAUGUCCGGAAUUACAAUGCCAAGACCAUGGCCAUACAGCCCGGAAAAUCUACAACAACUAGCUAUCUUUCCGUGGCCUCUCUUAGCAGCGUUUCAAAUCCCUUCCCCCUGUCUCUCCUAAGAGCUUCCUUUUCCCACCAAUGGAUUCUAAAGCCAUUUCCUCAUGGUCUAAAAAUAAUACGAUACUCACAGAAGGCUGCUGGCUUCCUCGCAUGAUUUUUUAUGCCAUCCAUUUACAAAAUGGAGGCAGGCAGUGAUGAUGGCACUUUGGUGGCAUUUUGUAAACAAAUGGCGUCAAAAAUCGCACGAGGAAGCCGGCAGCCUUCCAGGAGUAUCACGUUAUUUAUCACGUUAUUUUUAGACCAUGGGGAAAUGACCAUACUCUGAUUAGGUCAGCAAUCUGCCCACUCCCAUUGGCCGUCUCUCAGGAGAAGCAGAGCUGAAGCCAGUCCUCACAGAUAGCAUGUAUUGAGGCUGAUUAGCCACUUUUACGCCAGCACAUUUUCUGCUAAAAAUCGUGCUACCUUCAUCCUGGCCUGCUUCUCUCCCCAUGCAUUCUGCCUACUCUAUGCUUUAAUCAUGUACUUCCUUCUUCUUUCUUCUACAAUGCAUGUUGAAACGUGUAUUUGUGUACACACUAUAUCCCUGCAGUGGCAACCUGCAGUCAAAAACUGCUACCAGGAUAAAAGGAAAACACUCCCUCAUUUUCCUUACCAUUAUUUUCCUCAAAGCUUUAGCUUGCCCCUUAACUAUAUCAAUCCUAGUUGGUAUAUACCCAUUGGAGCUGAGACCAAAGCAAAACCUUGUUUCUUCAGUAGUAGGGACUGCUGUAAAUAGAACAAAAACUAAAUCUCUGGCUGUACAUACAAUACUUUCAUAUGUGUACAUCUUUGGAUUUAAGUCAUCAUUUGUUUGUAGCCCUUGGAUGUGUUAUUAAUUAAAUAAAAUAACUGUGAAAUACAUAAUUUUGAUUAAGAAAAUGUAACUUUCCUGGUACCUGAAAAGGCAAAGGCCUGGUCUCGUCAUAAUAUUUUAGAUUUUAUUUAUACAUGCUUUUAACAGAGUGGUGCCUCUGUCCCCACAAUUUCUCUCGAACUGGUCUAUGUAUGUAUAACUACAUCCAGCACACACACUCUGUCCUGAGAGUAUAAAUAUACUCUCAAGCAAAUACAGGACCUCACAAGGGCCCAGGAUGUGCUUCCAUAUAUAAAUACGGCAUGCUAGACCUAAUAGGCAGAAGCAUAUGCAUUUCUGGACUAAUAUGGAACCUGGGUGAUGAGCCCAGAUCACCAUGGAGUCACUUUGGAAGUAGCAUCACCUCUCCUGCCAAAGAAAUGGUCUUUGUUGAAUUUUUGUUUUUCCUGCUGUUUAUUUUAGUGCAUAAGUUGCAGAACUGUUUCAAUAACAAUAUUUCAGUAUAAAAGGAAAUGUUUUCAGAAUUAUUGUUGUAUACAUUUUUGAAGAUUACAUUUAUGUGGGAAAGCAGAUGAAUGCAAAUUUGUUUAAAUAUAGGGAUUUUGUAAACUAUAUCAUAUAAUAAAAGCUUUUCAGAUCACGUUGA